AUGCCCCCUCACAAAAACAACACUCCCAGACCCUGGGGAAGCCACUGUUCCGGGGUGACUCUGGACAGCACCGGCUGCAAAAAAUUUGCCCAAGGCGGCGCAUUCAUGGAAAGUGACGACGAGGAGGGUCCAGCCUGGCAGCAUGUCGAAGAUAUAUCUACCCUGGCGCCUGAGGAGAAGGAGUUUUCGACUGGUGCGACGGACCGUAAUCGUGAGAGUGGCUUUAAGAAUGGUACUUCUGGCUCUGCUGAGGCGAGUGGUUCUAAGAAGGGGAUCUUUGGCUUUGGUGCGAAGGAUAAGGGUAAGGGUCCUGCUGGGAAGAAAUGA